AUGAAAUGGUUAGCACAAUAUGUGUCCUGGUAUAAACACGAAAAAACACAUCGUGUGCCAUGGAAUGGUGGUAUCCCACCACGUAAAGGCGAAGAACCAUAUGCCGAGGGAUUUGGCCCAGCAAUUUGCAUGUGGACCCCUGAUGAUUGGGCCUUUGAUCCAUCCUUUAUUGCUUUCGCGGUGGAAGACUUAUAUUUCGAGAGAUUCGACAGACAUGAUAUUGAGAUACUCGAACAGCUUGCAGUAGGGCUGGAUGGAGAUGGCGAGAUAAUAAGAGUGGGUAUUUGGGGCAACAACGAGACGCAAAAACGGCUCGGACAGAAAUACGGUUGGUUCGAAACAUAUGCUCAUGUCGACAAGAUAGCUAGUGAGGAAAGUGGCUGGGAGGAUUUCGAAGUAUACUUCACCCAUCUUGAGGGCUUGGACUUGCGUUGUAGAACACCCAUGGGUUUUCACCCAGUGAGAAAUGAUGACGAACUUCCAGAUUUUUGCCUCGAAGACUGGAUCUUUAUCAGGGAUUGUUCUCCUAUCGAUCCUGGUUUCUCGACUGCUUAUGAUUUGAGACAUAUGCAGCUCUCAAAACAAGAUAUUCAGUCGUUAUCUUCGGCCGUUCAAGCUUCAUCCGACAUAGAAUCUCAUAGAAAUCAUGACUCUCCAUCGUCUCCUUCUCCGACUAAAACAAUAAAUAGCAGAUCCAAAGACCGAAAUGAAACGCCACUUAAGUAUGAAGGGCUAAGAGCAGAUCCUACAGAUGAGAUUGACACUGGAGCUUGGGAUACACGAGAGAACUUCCCUGCGCAUUUACAGGGUACUUCAGUCCCAUACACGCGUCCCAAGGCAAGAUCAACAUGGAAUACCGAACUAGGAACCGUACUUCUAGCACCCGCUCCCGACACCCAACUCCUCGGCUUCUCAACCACCAAACUCCAAAUAUCUUCGCACGCCCAACACACUCUCAAAAGCAACCGCUACCAUGAGCUCUGA